AUGUCUUCGCCAGAAGUCAAAAUGUUCCAUUCAAUUUCUAGCCAAACGGCCCCGAAGAAGCUCAACAAGAUAUCAUGUCAACUAACUCAGGAGAAAUCUCGUGGGGGAGCGCAAGCUAUGCUCUAUGCUGUGGGCCUCACCGAAGAGGAUAUGAAUAAGCCCCAGGUCGGGAUUUCUCCGAUUUGGUGGGAAGGAAAUCCUUGUAAUUCACAUCUUCUCGACUUGGCUCGCCUGGUAAAGGAGGGAUGUAGUCAAGAGGGUCUCGUAGGCCUCACUUUCAACACGAUCGGAGUCAGCGAUGCUAUAACUAUGGGUACUGACGGUAGUAGACUUUUGCGAAACUGCUUUGCGGCACAACACUACGAUGGUAAUAUCUCUAUUCCGGGAUGCGACAAAAAUAUGCCUGGAUGCGUUUUGGCUGCCGCAAGGCACAAUCGACCGACCAUCAUCGUCUAUGGUGGUACAAUCCAGCCUGGCACCAGAUAUGUCGACUGCCCCGCCAUGGGCCAUCAGAAAGGCGGAACAGUCAACAUCUCUGAUGCCUUUGAGUCGUUCGGUGCUUUCGCUGUCGGUAAGAUUGACGAAGAGCAGCGCUUUGAUGUCGUCCGACAUGCCUGCCCCGGAGCUGGUGCUUGUGGUGGAAUGUACACCGCAAACACCAUGAGCUCUGCUCUUGAAGUACUUGGAAUGUCUUUACCGUAUUCUUCGAGCACUCCUGCCCUCUAUCCAGCAAAGGCGCAAGAGUGUUUGAGGGCUGCCAAAUACCUCAAGAAUCUCUUGGAGUUGAAACCGAAGGAUAUCCUUACCAGACAGUCCUUCCUGAACGCUAUAGUCAUUGUUAUCAUCCUUGGCGGUUCUACCAAUGCUGUUCUCCACUUUUUGGCUAUGGCUCGAGCUGCUGAUGUGGAGUUGUCUAUUGAUGAUUUCCAAGCCAUUUCCGACAAGACGCCCUAUCUCGCUGACUUGAAACCUUCAGGGAAAUAUUACAUGGAAGACCUGCACAAAGUUGGUGGUGUACCCGCCCUGGUCAAGUACCUCCUCAAGCACACCGACCUCAUAGACGGUACUCAACUAACAGUCACGGGAAAGACGUUAGCGGAAAACCUUGAAGACGUCGAGGAACUCUCGUUUGAUAAUCAAGAUGUGGUCAAGCAACUCGACAAACCAAUCAAGAAGACCGGCCAUUUGACUAUCCUGCGCGGAAACCUUGCUCCAGGAACUGCCGUCGCGAAGCUCACCGGCAAGGAGGGCUCGAAAUUUGAGGGGGUUGCAAAAUGCUUCGAUAGCCUCGAUAAUUUCUAUCCUUCUCUCGAGAAGGGCGAAAUCAAGCCAGGGAUGGUUCUUAUCUUCAGAUACCAGGGGCCCAAAGGAGCUCCAGGAAUGCCAGAGAUGCUGGGUCCCACCGCUGCCCUCAUGGGCGCCGGGUUGGGUAAUUCGACAGCUUUGAUUACGGAUGGACGAUUCUCCGGGGCUUCUCAUGGAUUCAUCAUAGGGCACGUAGUACCAGAAGCUCGUCUUGGGGGACCUAUCGCCCUGGUCCAGGACGGAGAUACUGUAGUUGUGGAUUCAGAGAAUAGGGCUAUUAACUGGUUGGUGAGCGAAGAGGAGCAGGCUCGUCGCAAGCAGGAGUGGGACGCCUCUGACAAGGGACAACUAAAUGUCAAGAGGGGAGUCCUGUACAGAUACGCGCGAGAUGUAGCACCGGCCAACGUGGGUGCCUACACUGACUAG